GGGCAGUGGAAAGGUGAUCAAUCUCCAUCAGGCUACAUUGCCAAUCACCGGCGCGCCCGGGCCAGACCGCUCCUGCCGCCAGACACUAAAAACGAAACUAGAGGGGAUCCCAGUGUCCAAAUGCAACAGGGAGCGGGGAGUCUCUCCAGCGCCCGGAUUUUCUGCCAUCGCCUGGAAGAACCAAUUUUGUGACUUCGAGAAAUUUUAGACAGACUUUUUUAUAUAUAUAUAAAUUGGGGGAAAUCUUUCCAGCUUUUAGCAUGAUGUCUUACCUCAAACAGCCCCCCUAUGGCAUGAAUGGGCUGGGGCUGACCGGACCUGCUAUGGACCUACUGCACCCCUCGGUGGGCUAUCCGGCCACCCCGCGGAAGCAGCGGCGGGAGCGCACCACCUUCACCCGCUCGCAGCUCGAUGUGCUGGAGGCGCUCUUCGCCAAGACCCGCUACCCGGACAUCUUCAUGCGAGAGGAGGUGGCGCUGAAGAUCAACCUGCCCGAGUCCAGAGUCCAGGUCUGGUUCAAGAACCGCCGGGCCAAGUGCCGGCAGCAGCAGCAGAGCGGCGGCGGGGCCAAGAGCCGGCCGGCCAAGAAGAAGCCGUCCCCGGCGCGGGAGAGCUCGGGCUCGGAGAGCAGCGGCCAGUUCACGCCCCCCGCCGUCUCCAGCUCCGGCUCGUCCUCCUCCUCCAGCUCCAGCUCCUCGGGCAGCGCGGCGGCGGCGCUGGGCAACCCCGCGGCGGCGGCCGCCUCCAUCAGCGCCCCGGCUUCGUCCAUCUGGAGCCCGGCUUCCAUCUCCCCGGGCGCCGCGCCCUCGGCCGUGUCGGUGCCGGAGCCGCUGCCGCCCGGCGGCGCGUCCUGCAUGCAGCGCUCGGUGUCGGGCGCCGCCUCCGCCUCCUACCCCAUGUCCUACGGCCAGGGCGGCGGCUACGGGCAGGGCUACCCGGCGGCCCCCUCCUCCUCCUACUUCGGCGGCGUGGAGUGCAGCUCCUACCUGGCGCCCAUGCACUCGCACCACCACCCGCACCAGCUCAGCCCCAUGGCGCCCUCCUCCAUGGCCGGCCACCACCACCACCCGCUGGGCCAGGGAUCCGGCCACCACCACCACCACCAUCACCACCACCAGGGCUACGGCAGCACGGGGCUGGCCUUCAACUCCCCCGACUGCCUGGACUACAAGGAGCCGGGCGCCGCCUCCUCCUGGAAACUCAACUUCAACUCCCCCGACUGCCUGGACUACAAGGACCAGGCCUCCUGGAGGUUCCAGGUCUUGUAGGCAGCGCCCGGCUCGGCCCGGCCCGGCUCGGCCCGGCCCGGCUCCCCGCUGGCCUUUUGCUACGUGAGAAACAAUGGCCUUCCUCCUGGCCCAGCCUGCGCCCACCGCUGGCCCCGCUGCUCCCUGCGCCGGAGCUGCCGUCGGUGUGUUUCCUUCUCCCGGGCAGGACUGGGUCUCCAUGCCCCUGGUCAUCCUCAUUCAUCAUCCCCGACCAAGAGCCCCCUGGCUCAGGGCUGCUGGCUGAGAUCUGCUGCUGGACCCUCCCCAGUAACUGGUAUUUAUUCCUUCUCCGCACCCGGGAUUAUUCCGUCCGGUGGGUUGAUUUUUUUCCACACCAAACACACACACAGCCCGGAAGAGGACUUCGGGGCGUCUGCCCUCCUCGAUUGAAAAAGAAAGGCGCCGUGGAGACACAGACUCCCCCCGCCGGCAGCCCCCCAGGUGCUGGACGACUCAACUCUCGAACUCCUUGUGUCAAGGGCAAGGCAGGGAGUGGAAGCCCCUUUACACCCUGCCCCUGCAGACCCUGUGGACAGCUGUCUUUUGACGGUGGGGAGCCCCUGGGCUCUCGCCGUGGGAUUGCCCAGCCUCUCGCUGCCGCAAGCAGCAGGAAAGGUGUAAAUAUUCGGUCCGUUCCAGGGACCAGUAUUGUUUUUAGUUGAUGUUAUUGGGUUGAAAUUUUAUCUUGAGUUUAACACGCAGGAAAUUGAACUAAACAAAACUUCUCUCCCCCCCCCCCCCCCCUAAAAAAAAAAUCUUCCGGCGGGGCCAGUCCAGAUUCCCAGCGCUGCCUCUUUCCUCCCUUGGGGGUACUUCUUCUGGCGAAUCAAACCCACUCCAGUGAGAAGAGGCGGGGAGGGCAGGCGAUCUCGGAUGGUGGUUUGGGGACCCGCUGUAAGGGGUGGGGAGGGGGAGCUGGGAAGGCUCGGGAGAGGGGGAAGGAAAGGCUUGUCCAGCGGAUCCGCAGUCCCGAUCCAGUUUAAGACCAAAAAAAGGAGGAAAAAAAGUAAAAGGAAAAAAAAAAGCAGCUCAAAUUCCCUCCCCUCCCUUUUAGCCCCCUCGGUUUGUCUAGUGAGUCUUUAGGGCAUCGGCCCUAGCCAGCCACGCCUGCGCAUCUGUCUCGACGAUGGGUUUUAACCGCUUUGCCCCUCGGUGGAAAAGGCAUUUGUAAAUUUGAUGAUUACGCCGUGAUCCAACACGUACCUGUUGAAAUGUAAGGCAACUCCUCCCCCUUUACCUACAUAGCCCUAUAAUAAAUACAAACUAAUGAA